ACAGCGGCCCUGAAACCGAAGGACAGCUUUUGAAUUCCUUCGUCCAGUAUUUUGGUGACAGCCUCGGGAGGAAGAUUAAAAGAAUGCCUUUAAUUGAAGAAACUGUUCUGCCUGGAGACUCACUCCUUACUCUGCCUGUAGUAAUAAUAGGAAAUGGACCUUCGGGAAUUUGUCUUUCUUAUCUGCUCUCUGGAUACAGGCCAUAUUUAUCUCCUGAAGCUAUACACCCAAACCCCGUUCUACAUACAAAAUUAGAAGAAGCUCGACAUCUUUCCAUUGUUGAUCAAGAUCUGGAGUACCUGUCAGAAGGCCUCGAAGGACGCUCUUCAAACCCAGUUGCAGUGCUUUUUGAUACAUUGCUUCAUCCUGAUGCUGACUUUGGGUAUGACUACCCGCCAGUUUUGCACUGGAAGCUAGAACAACAUAAUUAUAUUCCCCAUAUAGUGCUUGGUAAAGGACCACCUGGUGGGGCUUGGCAUUCCAUGGAAGGCUCUAUGCUAACAAUCAGUUUUGGAGACUGGAUGGAAUUGCCUGGCCUCACCUUUAAGGACUGGGCAGCUAGCAAACGCAGAAAUAUAAAGAGUGAUCGAGUAAUACCAGAGGAAAUAGCUUGUUAUUAUAAACACUAUGUUAAAGUCAUGGGCCUCCAAAAGAAUUUCAGAGACAACGUUUACAUAACAUCAGUAUCCAGGCUUUACCGAGGAAAGGAUGAUGAAGACAGAAAUCAACUAAAUGAAAAUAUUUCAACACGGCAUUUGGAAAUGGAAGAUGGACAGAAAUCACUGAUUAAGAGAAACUGGGAGGUCAGGGGUUAUCAGCGAGCAACAGAUGGUUCUCAUGUGCCCUUCUGCCUCUUUGCUGAGAAUGUGGCUCUUGCCACAGGAACCUUUGAUUCUCCUGGCCGACUACAAGUUGAAGGAGAAGACUUUCCUUUUGUGCUUCAUUCCAUGUCUGACUUCGGAGCUGCUAUCAGCAAAGGAAAGUUACGUGGGAAGACAGACCCUGUGUUAAUUGUGGGUGCUGGACUUACAGCAGCCGAUGCAGUACUGUGUGCCUACAACAACAACAUCCCAGUAAUCCAUGUGUUUCGUAGAAGAGUUACCGAUACAAGUCUAAUUUUCAAACAGUUACCUAAAAAGCUUUACCCUGAAUACCAUAAGGUCUAUCAUAUGAUGUGUACUCAGUCCCAUACUGUGGACUCUAAUCUACAUUCUGCUUACACUAGUUUCCCUGAACACAAUGUACUUUCCUUCAAGCCUGAAAUGAAAUGUGUUCUUCAGAGUGCCUCUGGACUGAAGAAAAUUUUGAAGUUUUCUGUAGCCUUAGUUCUGAUAGGUUCUCACCCAAAUCUUUUCUUUCUAAAGGACCAAGGGCAUGGCAUAGGGCAUCACUCUAAUCAGCCCAUCACAUGCAAGGGGAAUCCUAUAGAGAUUGAUCCAUACACUUAUGAAUGCACUAAAGAAGCUAACCUCUUUGCUUUAGGUCCUCUGGUGGGAGACAACUUUGUAAGGUUUUUAAAAGGAGGUGCACUGGGCAUUGCACGAUGCUUGGCAAUAAGACAAAAGAAGAAACAUGAAUUGAUUGAAAGUGGGGAUGGAGGAGGUGAUGGCGUACCAUAAAUGAGAUAUUAGAAACUUUCACAUACAGAAUUACAGACAUAGUCUAACAGAAUACUCACUGACAGCGAAAGUUGAUAGCAGUCACAUUUCUGUAUACAAGUAACCUGCGCUUGUAUUGCUUGGUAAAGGUUGCUGAUACUACAAUACUUCACCUUUUCAAAAUACAAAAAAUUGAUCUGCUAUUACAGCUGAUCUCUACUCAGCUGGAAUUACUUCCAGAUAAACAGAAAAUGAGACUAACUUACAUUGACCUGCCUGUCAUCUCUUGCUCAGCUAAAGGAGCAGACUUCUCUGGGAAAAGCAAUGCCUACCAGAGCGGCUUUACAUUUUAGUGUCAAAUGUGACAAAAUAGUCUUACCAUGAAAUUAAAAAUAACUUCUAAAAGCAGAAAUCACUUUACUUAGUAUGAAGUGAUUCUUGGUCCCAAAGCAAAUUUGGAGCCUUCUGCUUGAAACAAGGAUUUUAUUUAUUUGCCAUAGUAAUACAAAUACUUGGAAUGAGCACUUAAUAAAAUGGUUUUCACUAUAAGAACGAUUUCUGUAAGGAAGGAGUAUUCCUCAACAGUUAUAAAUUAUCCUAUUUGAUAAUUGGAAUAAAAGAAUAAGCAUUCACAUUUAAUCUUUAACGCAUGUUUUGACACAAUCCAUUAAUGUUUUUUCACACUCUGCCUAGAGUCGGGUGAGUGCAGAAAGACUAACAUGAGAUGUUCCCCUACAGUGAUAUGUACAUUUCUGAGAAUACUCAUUAACGUAAACAAUAAAGUACUGAUGUAAGUGCUCUUAUUACAGUGUCAAUAUAAUGAAUAUCUAGUGUACUACUGAAAAAUUAAGUACAUGAGAAAACGUAAGGUUUUUUUGCUUCCUAGCUCAGGAAGACUGAGUGGGAUCACUUGACUGAUGAAGGUGGGUGAUAGAUAUUCUCAUCUCCCAUUUGACCAAGUAUUGGGUUAUUUCUCUUUUUUGCUAGAGCAGCACGUAACACUAAAACUAUUUUAGCCUGCAGUUUUUGAAACUUGAAAAAGGGUUAUAUCUCACAGCCAGCUAAAAAAUAAACAAGCCAAACCCAAAACAAACAUGCCGUAGUUUUAUAAAUCUUAAAGCUUGUUACGAAAGACAAAGACUUAACUUGUACCUACCUCUGAAUUGAAGUUUCACUUUUCUGCUCCAUAAUGUAAGACCUAGAUUUCAUUUGCUGUGUUUUAGAGUAGUUUACCUAGACACACUCAUGGGUUAUUAACCAUAGUGAGGUAAGCAACAGCUAGUUAGAAAACUUAAGUUAUCUUCCAGAACUCUCAGUAGACAAAAGUGCUUGGUUUUAACUGAUUUAUUACCAAACAUUUUAAUUCAGGUCCAAUGUGAUGGAAUCAAUGUUAUUUAAUUUUUUCUUUGGGGCUUUUUUGUGUUGAAGAACGUCAUGUUAGUUUAAGGUACUGUAUUUGCAUUUGCAUGAUUAAGAUCUCCGUAUUAGAACUUAAAUAGAUUUUAAAAAGGAAAUUAGGCUUAGACUUUGUGAAACUGCUAGUGCUUGCUGGUUUCCCACCUGUCUAACUUUCCUAAGUUGUAGAUACCUGUAUGCAAUAAAUGCCUGUUUUCUGUGCCUACUGAAUUACGGGGUUCUGUGGCUACUGCAGGCCUUUAUGCAUCUGAGUAAGUUACUCAGACUUUGGACAUAAAAGUUGAAAAGGUAAAGUGUGCAAGGAUUAAAAUGACUGUAUUUUCAAUGGAAUUCCAAAGUAAUUUAUGAAAUGAUGCUACUACUAAUAAUAAAUUUUUGUUUAGAGCCAACUUAAUAGCAUAAACAAAUGAAGCAACAUUUAUAUUAACUUCUGCAUUGCCUACAUGGUUGGAUUUAACCAUGCAUUGUCAAUACUAGUUAAGAUACUUUUUUAUACUGAUAUUUGAGCUGGUUUUAAUUAUGCUAAAUUCUAGUCUUAUUUUCUUCAUAAUUGAAUUGAGAUUCUAUAAUUUGCCACCUUUGGCAGAAACUGUGUAUAUAUAAAUCUAUCCUAAACCUGUGAUACCUAAUAAUUUUAACGGAGAAUCAGUGUUAUAAGUGCUAAAUACUUGAUUAUAGAAUUUUAUUGCAGUUAAUAUAUUGGAAAUACAUCUGUGCUCUGAUUAAAUUACUUCAGUUUUGUGUCAAUAUAAAUGUCCGAAUACAACAUACCGUGGCAUGUUACUGAUUUUUCAUU